AUGGGGGCCUCACAAAAACAUUUACACCAGGAAGGGGAAUCAGGCAGGGGGGACCCCCUUUCGCCUUAUAUCUAUAUCUUAUGCUCUGAGGUCUUAUCUCGUCUCCUCCUGAAAAAGGAAGUGGAGGGCCAUCUCAAUGGUAUCAAGAUGUCUAGAACCGGGCCAUCGAUAACGCAUCUUAUGUAUGCGGAUGAUACUAUGCUCUUCACAAGGGCCGAUGCCAUUUCGGUCUUGGUCCUCCAAGAGUGUACGAGUAAAUAUUGUAGCUGGUCGGGGCAGAAAAUCAAUGCUGCUAAGUCUCGGGUUACCUUUUCGGACAAUUGUGGCUGGGAAUUAAAAGGGGAGUUGCUUGAUCUUUUGGGCUUUGAUAUAAUGGACUAUGAUGAGAAAUUUCUGGGCAACCCUCUCUUCAUCCGGAAGAAUUGUGGUAAGAACUUUCAGUUUGUGGUGGACAAAGUGGCAAAAAGAUUGGAAGGUUGGAAGGCCCGGCUUCUUUCUCAAGCGGCGCGUACGGUGUUAGUCAAAAGUGUAGUCCAAACUAUUCCGUCUUAUUCCAUGGCUGUGUUUAAACUUCCGGGUUCUAUUCUGGAGGAGUUGGACAAGCUCACUAGAAGAUUUUGGUGGAAAGGGGACAUGGAAGGGGGCAGAUAUCUAUCCUUGAUUGCUUGGGAGAACUUGUGUAAGCCUAAAGUGUGUGGCGGUUUGGGCUUUAGAAGAGCUAAAGAUAUGAAUAUGUGUUACAUGGCUAAGCUUGCGUGGCUGUUGGCCAGAGAUGGAGGAGAACUUUGGGUUCGAAUGAUCAAAAGUAAGUAUUUUCCUAACUCCUCUUUCUUUGAUGCUAGUUUGUCUGGGAGUGCGUCGAUAGUGGCUCGUAGUAUCUGGUCUGCCAAACAGCUUGUGGUGGCUAAUUCUGCUUGGCGGGUUGGUUCGGAGUCGGAUGUCAAUUUAUGGAAUGGAAGAUGGAUAAUAGGAGAUGAUGUUCUGAUCUGCGCGGGGGAUAUUAAUCCGACAGUAAAGCCUCGAAUCGUGUUGGGGGAUUUACUUCAGGCUGACUCUCUGGCUUGGGAUAUUAGGGGUGUGGAGGAUAUCUUUCGUCCUUCGGUUGCGGCGGUUAUGGUAAGAUUCAACCCCCUGGAUCUUCCUUUGGAAGACGAGCUUGUCUGGACUCUAACUCCGAGAGGUAACUUUACUUUAAAGUCUGUUUACUGGGCUCUUAAUGCUAAUUCCCUCUGCUCUGGUAAUGGUAUCUUUAAGAAAAUCUGGUAUGGCUCCCUGCAUCCCCGGCUGCAAUUGUUUGUGUGGAAAUUGUAUGCUGAUGCUUUACCAACCGGAUCCCGUCUGGGCGCUAUCUUUGGCAAUGAACCGGAUUCUUGUGCCCUUUGUGAUUGUCCUUCGGGGAACACUACUAGCCAUCUCUUUUGGGAGUGCGAAGUGGCUAAGAGGCUUUGGUUUAUCUCUAAGUGGAAUGUGCGGAUUGACUCUGUCAACAUCUACUUCGGGAGAGACCUUGUUGAAUGGAUUUUCAAUGCGCCAUUCUUAGCCUCCUUCAAUAAUUCUGAGAAGGAGGAGUUUAUCUGCUUCGCCGUGUGUCUGUGCUAUUCGUUAUGGCGUUUCAGGAAUGAAGCCUUUCACUCUAAGAAGGUGCUCCCUUUCGAAAUUAUGCACAAGCAGGUGGAAAGGGAGUUUGCUAUGUUUUCUCUUAAGCCCUGUAAGCAUAAGCCACCUAACACCCCUGGUCAGGAUGUUGGGUUCACGAGAGAGAUUCAUUCGGGACUGUACCAGGUCUGGGUGGAUGCUGCCUUCCACGCGGGGGGUGCUGCAAUUGGUGUUAUCAUUAAAAAUUCUUUCAACCAACUGCAGGCUCUCUUUGCUUGCAAGGUGGAGGCCCAUUCUGUGAUUGCUGGGGAAUUGCAGGCGAUUAUCAAAGGCAUUGAGGCUCUGCAAUUACUGGGAGUGGAUAGGGGUUGUUUCUUCUCUGAUUGCCAGAUGCUUACGGUGGCUGCUAAAGAGAAAAGGCCUCCUAGCUGGUCUACUGCUUGUUCGUUUUCCAAGUUGCUUCGUGCGAUUGAAGGUAUGGGAGUUUCUCUGGUUUGGAUCCCGCGGUCCGAGAAUUCAGGGGCGCACACUUUGGCUAAGUGGGCUCUCCAUAAUGAUUGCAAUGGUUUUGUGAACUUUUGGGAAAUUACUCCUAGUGUUUUUAAUGUUAUCUUUUCCUUUUAA